AUGGCUGAAGGGGGACACUCCCUUCGCUAUUUCAGUGGCGAGGAUGCCGACCAUCGUGAGUACAAGCGAUGGAAGAUGUGGGUUCAGAACAAGAUGCUGACUAAUGAAAAGUUGGCGAAAGAGGCCCGUGGGCCUUUUGUCUGGACGUUGCUGCAGGGCCGUGCUCUGGAAGUGGUGGAGCACUUGUCUCCUUCGGAGUACCAGAAGGAUGGGGGAGACAAGGUCCUGUUUGACCUGUUGGAUCAGCGAUGGCCUCAGAAAGACCGCGUCGACGAGAUGGGUGAGCAUGUUGCUGAGGUUUUCAUGCUGAAAUCCAAGGAAGGUGAAAACGUCAGAUCAUGGUGCGCCAGAGCCCGAGAGGUCUUUGAUCGGUGCCACCGGAAGACAGGCAUCCAGUUUCCGGAUGAAGCCAGAGGCUGGGUGGUGCUGAACUGCAGCGGGAUGACCGAAGAGCAACGAGCAGUGGUGCUAGCUCGGGGCAAUGGCAGCCUCAAGCUGGACGACAUGGCCCAGGCCAUGAGAUCUUGUUAUCCCGAGUUCGUGGUGCCGAAGAGACGGGCGACAGCGGCUCACUAUGCUGAGCGCGAGGAAGAAUGGUGGCCUGAGCAGUCCGCUCAGGAAGCCGGCGGCUACUACGACGAGGAGGUCGACGAUCACGACCUCCAUGACGUGGAGGCCUUUCUGGCGGAGCACGGGAACAUGGCCGAGGAGGUCCCGGAGGAGAUCUAUCAGGAGGAUGAGGUUGCAGAGGUCCUCGCAGCUUCGUGGAAGGAAAAGCGCCAGGAGCUGAAUCGCCUGCAACGCUCCCGUCGCUUUGCUCAGGCACGGGAUGUGAAAAGAAGUUUCCGUGUCGAGGUCGAGGAGCUCAAGAAGAGGACUCAGUGUCACCGGUGUGGACGCACCGGUCAUUGGGCUAGAGAAUGUAAGAUGCCGCGCAGCAACCAAGCCGGCUCUGCCUCAGCUGGUGCUGCCUCGACUUCCAGUGCCUCCGGAGCUGGGUUUGUGCAGACCCAAGGCCAUGACUUUGUGUGCUACGUCAGCUCAGUGGUGCCGCCGGAGCCAAGGAAGCCUACGAUGCUUCAGCUCCUUCGAGAGCGGGUACGGAAGGGGCCAGAGGAGGCCCUACUGGUGUCUUCUCCUGGCUACGCCAUCCUGGACUCAGGUUGUGGAAGGAGCAUCGUGGGAGAGCAGACCCUUGGGCAGUUCCGUCGAUUGUGGACCGAGGCUGGAAUUCCCCAGCCCAAGCUCCUCUCCGAGCAAAACACCUUCCGGUUCGGAAACGGGCAUCAGGAGGUGUCCAAUGUGGUGGUGGAGAUGCCCAUCAUGGUGGCCGGCCGACGUGGAGCCGUCAGGGCGGCCGUGAUCAAGGGGCAGGCCCCCCUGCUUCUCUCCAGAGCGGCCUUGAAGCGUCUCAGGGCACAGAUGAAUUUUGAUGCAGAUGAACUCAUUCUCUUCGAGACCAAGACCCCGAUCAAGAUGAUGACGAACGCCGCCGGGCAGUACAUGAUUCCGGUAGCGAACUUCGAGGAGGUCACCCCUUCUCCAGCAGUGCCAUGCCCUGGCACCGACAGCCAGUGCCUCAGCGCCGAAGCUCUGCCUGGCAAUGGGGAUCUAGAUUAUUGGGUUCAUCAGGGGGAGCAGUUGGUUCGGAUUCACAGAUCACAGAGGUGUGAGGUGUUCCGACCUAAUCAAGAAGAUUGCCCUGUGCCCCUAGAACAACUCGAUGAGUGGUGCACCAUUGUGAAGCUGGAUGAGUUAGGUCAGGAGCAGAGUAUUCCCUUUGCAUGGAAGGGGAACAAGGUCCUGGAAGGACCUGCUUGGGUAGGGCGUACUGUUUUCCAGGUCCUGCCUCCGCCGAGCCCGAGCGUGCCCGAGAGUGAAGUGGCACUGAGCGAGUGGACUAAGCGCCAGUGGCGACAGGUGAAGUCCCACGUGCGGCAGCUUCCACACGUAGGCGAGCCUGCCCAAGCCUCCCGAUCUAACAUUGAUAUUCUAGAGGUCUUUACCCCGCUCCAGUUUGCCAAACUUGCAGCAACCAAAGGCCUGACUUGUGUCUCUGCUGAUCUUGUCACGGGCUGGGACUUUCGCCUUCCCGAGCACCGGGAGUCCAUGAAAGAACUUGUGCAUCAGAAUCGUCCGAGCCUGCUGGUUGUUGGUCUGCCGUGUACGUGGAAUGGCGGUUGGCAUCACCUUAACAAACUGCACAUGGAGCCACAUGAAAUCAAUGAGAAGAUUCGGCUUGUCAAGCUGUUGGUGAAUUUCUCGGCCGAUUUGGCACAGAUGCAGUUGGACUAUGGUGGUCGGGUUGUUCUUGAACACCCGAGCGGCUCGAGUAUCUGGACCUUACCUAAGCUUACGGCCCUUCGUCGAUCGAUGUUUGAAGUUACCACUGACAUGUGUUGUUUUGACCUUGUCGCUCCGGGCGGACUGCCUAUCCAGAAGCGCACUCGGCUCCUGGUUUCGCACGCCAACAUGCGCUCCUUGCAACGUCAGUGUCAGGGUACUCAUCAGCAUCAAAAGGGCGGUACAGCUAGCCGGUUCGCGGGUCAAUGCCCUCCAGCCUUCAUUCGAGCAGUGCUUAGGACAGUGCCUGAGUAUCGUGAUACUGCCGCUUGUCUUGUUCAAGCCGGCACCGAUGCCGAGUGUUUGGCUGCAGCGCGCGUGCAGCAGUUGAAUGCCGAGAAGCGAGAAGAAAUGCUGCAGAGCCUCAAGCGCUUGCAUGUUAACUUGGGUCAUCCUUCUGCCUCCAAUCUGAUGAGGGUGUUGAAGCAUGGCGGUGCUUCCAAGGAAGCCGUCGAGCUUGCAAAGGAAAUCGAGUGCGAUGUCUGCAAGGCUCAAGCAGCUCCCAAGUCGCCCCCUCCAGCGCAGACGAACCGUGCAACACAGUUCAACCAACGCAUUGGCAUUGACGUGAAAUACCUGCCGGGCUGGAGGCCCAAUCAGCGCAUUCCUGCUGUGAACAUCGUGGAUUUUGCAUCUAGCUUUCAGAUCGUAGUGCCGCUGCAUGGGCGCGAGACCUCCGAGACCAUUCGGAAGGCCCUGCUAGAACGUUGGGUGUCAUGGGCAGGAACGCCUCAAGAAAUAGCUCUCGACCCAGCUCAGACCAAUCUGAGCGAUGCUCUCACUGUGCCACAGGAACUCGCUGGCAGCAAGAUCUGCAUCACGGCUGCCGAAGCGCACUGGCAACUAGGCAAGGUCGAGGUGCAUGGGGGUUGGUUUAGCCGAAUUCUCCAAAAGACUAUUGCUGAAACCAUGCCGCAUGACAGAGAAACCUGGGAGAGUUGCGUAUUCGCUGCACACUGUAAGAAUGAACUCAUUCAGGUGUACGGCAUGACCCCAGCCCAGUUCCUCUUCGGUAGGAAUCCUCAAGUUCCGACCAAUCUCCUAGACGAGCCCCUACAAGUAGUUCCCGCUACAGCCUCCUUGUACGAAGAAAGCCUUCAGAGAAGCAUCGCGGUGCGCCAGGCGGCGCGGACGGCUGUGAUUGAGCUGCAGGACAGCAAAGCCCUGCGCUUGGCACUAGCGGCCAGGCCCCGGAAGGUGCAAGCCUUCGAACCAGGUGCGUCUGUUGCCUAUUGGCGCACGCAGAAGAGCCAUGAAGGGGUAAUAGAAUGGGGUGGUAGGUGGUAUGGUCCGGCUGUUGUCUUGGGAUACGUUGGGAGAAAUUUGGUUGUGGUGCAUAAGCGCAACAUAUUCAGGUGUGCUCCUGAGCAAGUGCGUGCAUCCACCAGUGAGGAAGAAAGCCUUGCCUCCACUCCCCACCUUGAGAUCUUAGGAAUAAAGAACCUCAUAGAGUCGGGUGCCCUUCAAAGCCGGCAAUAUGUCGACCUGGUCCCGCAGGGACCGCCGCCUGCUGCAGAGCCGGCUGCCUCUCCGGAUGAUGAUGCUCAAAUGCCCCAGGCCUCUCAGCCGGUGGUUCCCCCAGCGCCGCUGCCCAGCGCUCCUCCAGCACAGCCUUCUGAACAGGCCGAUGGAGCCGGGAUGGCCACAGCCGUGGUCACAAGCGUGAGGCUUCUGUGGAGCCCGCCGGUGAGAGUAAGAGGCAGAUGCUCCGACCGGAUCAUGGGAAGCCGGUUUGUUUGCACGUGGAAGCAGGAAGAGUUGAUUGCAUCCUUUCGCUGGAAGUUGAUGCUGGGUGACAUCAAGGGUGCAUUCUUGGCAUCAGGUGAUUUGCCUGCUAAGUAUCGGCCGCUGUACGCCAGACUUCCGGCGGGAGGCAUCCCCGGGGUGCCGUGCGAUGCCCUCAUCGAGGUUAUCGGACAUGUGUAUGGGUUGAACGAUGCCCCAUCGGCCUGGUACAAAACACUUGACCGUGCACUCCUCGAAGUGGGUUUCGAGCGAUCCCGCUUGGAUCGCUGUCUCUACUUCAUGCGUGAAGGCCGUCAGCUUACUGGAAUCUUUGGCAUACACGUCGACGAUUCAGUAACAGGGGGCCAGGGGCAGAAGUAUGAACGGGCGUUGUCGUUGUUGAAGGAAAAAUUCGAAUUCCGUAAGUGGCGGGUUCGAGACGGCGACUUUUGCGGCGCAAGAUACACCCAAAGCGAGGCUACGGGAGAGAUCGUGAUGACACAGGAGUCCUUUGUUCAAAAGGUGCGACCUUUGCAUCUGUCCCGGCAGCGUGCUCUGAACAAGGGAUCCGAGUUGACAGAAGAAGAAGUCAGAUGUCUUAGGGCGAUUAAUGGUAGCCUGAAUUGGUUAGCCACUCAGUCUAGGCCAGACUUGUCAACUCAGGUGUCCUUUUCCCAGCAAGCGUUUCCACGCCCGAGAGUCUCAGAUGCCAUUGCUGCAAACCAAGCCAUCCGUAGAGCCAAGCAACACGCCAACAUGCCCAUCGUGUACCGCACUAUUCCUGUGAGUCAACUCACCAUCAUGUGCCAUUCCGAUGCUGCUUAUGCAAACGGGCGAGGCGGCGCCACACAGGCGGGCUACGUCGUUAGCUUUGUUGACAGCAAGAUUCAUGAGGGUGAAACUGUCCGAUGGACGCCUGCCUUCUGGAAGAGCUACCGUCUUCCCCGUGUCGUUAAUUCGACGCUGAGCGCUGAAGCUCAGGCCAUGACCAUGGCCACCGGCAUGUGUGAGUGGUCUCUUCUGUUGGUCAGUGAAGCAAUUGACGGAGCUGAGACCUGGGCAUGGAUUGCUCAAGGACUUCCCCAAGCCGAGCGUCGCCAGACUCAGCAUUCGAUGGUGCGAUCCUUCUUGGCGGGCGAAUGA